AUGUACACAGAACACGAGUACACGGGGUACAAGUACACGUACACAGAACACGAGUACACGGGGUACAAGUACACGUACACAGAACACGAGUACACGGAGUACAAGUACACGUACACAGAACACGAGUACACGGAGUACAAGUACACGUACACAGAACACGAGUACACGGAGUACAAGUACACGUACACAGAACACGAGUACACGGGGUACAAGUACACGUACACAGAACACGAGUACACGGGGUACAAGUACAUGUACACAGAACACGAGUACACGGGGUACAAGUACAUGUACACAGAACACGAGUACACGGGGUACAAGUACAUGUACACAGAACACGAGUACACGGGGUACAAGUACACGUACACAGAACACGAGUACACGGAGUACAAGUACACGUACACAGAACACGAGUACACGGAGUACAAGUACACGUACACAGAACACGAGUACACGGGGUACAAGUACACGUACACAGAACACGAGUACACGGAGUACAAGUACACGUACACAGAACACGAGUACACGGGGUACAAGUACAUGUACACAGAACACGAGUACACGGGGUACAAGUACAUGUACACAGAACACGAGUACACGGGGUACAAGUACAUGUACACAGAACACGAGUACACGGGGUACAAGUACACGUACACAGAACACGAGUACACGGAGUACAAGUACACGUACACAGAAUACGAGUACAAGUAA